UAUUGAAUAAAUUUGUGCCAGCUCUAGAAAAUAAUUGCUAAAAAAAAAACAAAUUGCUCUUUGUUAUUGUUAUUAUUGCAAUAAUAAAGUUAAAAAAACACGAUUCCUAUACGUAUAUACACUCACACAUACACGGAGGCAAACAACGAGGGGAAUCCCACGUAGAAUGUGAGAAAGAUGCGCAUGCGCGGACGAAGAUUGCUGCCGAUUAUCCUUUCGCUCCUUUUGAUCGUCCUGCUGAGUCUCUGCUACUUUUCCGGCCACUUAAGGGACUCGAAUGUGAGGGACUCCCCCGACGACGAGUUCCUGCUGCACCUGCCGUCCGAAACGGAGGUGGAUCCCCCCAAUCCCCACCCGCCAUCAGCCUAUCCUCUCCUGAAUCUCACCGACUUCCAGUACACCCUCCAUAGCAAUGUGUGCCGAAAGGCGGAAAGGGAACUCCUGGCCAUUCUGAUAGUCACCUCGUAUUCGGGACACGAUGCUCUGCGAUCUGCCCACCGCCAGGCGAUUCCCCAAAGCAAGCUGGCCGAGAUGGGUCUGCAAAGGGUCUUCCUGCUGGCCGCUUUGCCUGCACGGGAGCACUUCAUCAAGCAGGAGCAGCUGGCCAGCGAACAGAAGCGUUUCGGUGAUCUGCUCCAGGGAAACUUCGUCGAGGACUAUCGCAACCUGAGCUACAAACAUGUGAUGGGUCUGAAGUGGGCCUCCCAGGAAUGCAAGAAUAAGGCCAAGUUCAUCAUCAAACUAGACGACGACAUUAUCUACGAUGUGUUCCAUCUGCGGAGGUAUCUGGAGGCACUCGAAGUGGGCCAACCUGGUCUGGCCACCUCCAGCACUCUGCUCUCCGGCUAUGUACUGGAUGCCAAGCCACCCAUUCGCCUGAGGGCCAACAAGUGGUAUGUCACCAAGAAGGAGUAUCCACAUGCCCUGUAUCCCGCCUAUUUAUCCGGCUGGCUGUAUGUGACCAAUGUGCCAACGGCCGAGCGGAUUGUGGCGGAGGCGGAAAGGGUGUCCAUGUUCUGGAUCGACGAUACCUGGCUUACGGGCGUGGUGCGAACCCGUUUGGGCAUUCCGCUUGAGAGGCACAACGAUUGGUUCUCCGCCAAUGCGGAAUUCAUCGACUGCUGUGUGCGGGAUCUCAAGCAGCAUGGCUACGAGUGCGAGUAUUCCGUGGGACCGAAUGGCGGCGAUGACCGACUGCUGGUGGAGUUCCUGCACAACGUGGAGAAGUGCUACUUUGAUGAGUGCGUCAAACGGCCGGCGGGCAAGUCGCUCAAGGAGACCUGUGUGGCGGCGGCCAAGUCGAAGGCUCCGGAACAUGGAUUGGCUGAAAUUAAACCAUUGCGGCUGAGGUGACCUCGGUUCACCUGGACACACUGGCCCACCUUCAAGGACUACCAAGUGCAAGAGGGCGAGAGAGGUAUCCUUGUAAUGGGAUAUCAUCCCCACGCCACUAAUCUUAGUUUGUAGCUUACUUUAGGUAUUGCGAUCUGGGGUCAACCAACCAGCAAAUUAACAGAGAUUUUUAGCACACCCCAGUAAAAGAUGUUCCAGUUGAAACAAAAAAAACAGGAACUUGAAUAUUAUUUAAGCUUUUUUUAUAAGCAGAUGACACUUUUUUACAGGUCAAAUCGUAUAACUUUUUUUUACGAUUUUUUGAUUUGUACAAUAUGACAAUGGCAAGUUUCUGUUUUAUACUCUCUGAAUAAAACAACAGAAUUCUAGAACUUCUACAACCAAUUGUGAAGUGAAAACAAAGUGUAUCAAAAGUCAAAAGUUAUUUGAAGUGUGCUGAUGAAUUCAAAUAUAGUAUAAGCACCUUUGUAUCAUUAACGCUUACAAUUCUAACAAAACAGACUCCGUCCUUCUCAGUAUGUUAGAUUUAAGUAUUGUCUAGCGAUGAAUUAUGAAUAUAAAACUGCAUUUAUACAACACAAUAAAGAAAUAAGUUUCUAACAAAA